UUAUUAUUAUUAUUAUUAUUAUUAUUAUCUUAUGCAGACUCCCGAUCAAUCAUCAGUUCCUUACCAGGCUUUCCUGGCCCACUCCCCUUCUAUCUAGAAACCGGGUAUGUGGGUGUGGGGGAAUUCAAUGAAGACCAGCUCUUCUACUACUUUGUAGAGUCUGAGAACAACCCAAAAGAGGACCCACUUGUGCUAUGGCUCACAGGUGGGCCAGGUUGCUCUUCAUGGAGUGGCUUUGCUUUUGAAAUAGGUCCAUUGUAUUACGAGAAUGUGGACUACAAUGGAAGCGUACCCACCCUGGGUUUAAGACAACAUUCAUGGACAAAGGUUGCCAGCAUCAUCUUCUUAGAUUCGCCAGUUGGGACUGGAUUUUCGUACUCAAGUGGCUCCAAAGAUGGCAAUAAUGGGGACAUAAGAUCAUCGAAGGAAGUUCAUGAGUUUCUAAAGAAGUGGUUGAUUGAUCACCCCCAAUUCCUUUCAAAUUCACUCUACAUCAGUGGCGAUUCCUACUCAGGCAUCACCAUUCCCAUCAUCGUUCAAGAAAUAUCAAAUGGUAUUGAAACUGGGCAGGAGCCAAUCCUCAAUCUCAAGGGUUAUUUACUUGGGAACCCAGGAACAGAUCCAAAGUUACCUCAAGAGUACCGAUUCCACGCCGUCAAGAAGAGUUGCAAAGGUGACGACUAUACAAACCCAACCAAUCCGCAGUGUAAAGAAGAUCUUCAAGCAGUAAACAAGUGCGAGUUUGGACUAAAUAGAGAACAAAUAUUGGAACCCAUUUGUUUUUGUGCUUUCCCAAUGCCCGAAGAAAUGGAUAAGCAGAGAAGAUCAAUGGAAGAGGAUUCAAGGCAUGCUAAAGCUAGAAAUGCCAGAAACCCUGUUACAAAUUACAAUUCAAGUUUAAAGAGGAGGUGGUGGAGUCGUAGGAAUGAUAAGGGAGAUGUUAUCUUUGCAUUCUCGAUCGGUUAUGGGCACGACACUAACACGUGUGCUGAACUUCGGGCCAUUCAUGACGGCCUAUCCUUUUGUCUUCGUAGGGGCUUCUCUAAGGUGAUGGUCGAAUCCAAUUUACAUAUGGUGGUUAAUACCCUGAAUGGGGUAACCCGUCUGGGCUGGAAAUGGAGAUUUUGGCUCAAUAGGAUUGAGGUCCUCAUGCGGACGGGGCAAACUCGUGUUGGGCAUAUUUUUAGAGAAGCUAAUUAUCCGGCUGACGCGUUGGCUCGCCUUGACAGCGAUUCCCAAUCCUUCAUUUUAUUCUCCGCUCCGACUGAGCUUCCUUCUAGUAUUAGAUGGCUGAUUUUCCUGGAUAAAGUGGGGCGGAGUGCGAUUUGGGAUAGUUAG